AGUCUUCCGGUUGAUUGAUGCUGUGGCAGGAGGAGAGAACGCUAGGCAGAGUAGAAGUACACCUGGACAGAAGCAUCACGUGGCGUGACGUUUCUGCACUGGACGUUUGCGGAGCGUAGAUCCUUCGGUGCUCACCCCGCGAUGGUGCGCCAACGUCGUGCCGGCUCUUGGGCGGAAGGCGGAGAGCCGCCAUACUCGGGCGAGGUCAGGGAUGGCGAUUAUCGCGCGUCCUUGCGCAAUCAGCCUCCGGCUAUGGCGGGACUUCGGAAGGGUAAGCGCUGCGCGGCUAAUCGGGCGGGUCGCGCCGGCGCCUCCGCGCCUCCCAGCUGGCUAGGCACGGCUCUGAUGUGGGCGUUCAUCGCCGCUCUUUUCGUCAUGACCGGCGUUGUUCGUAUCGGCAAUUUCCGAGCAUGGUGGGAAAUGGUGGAAACGCUGAAGGGAGGAGGACCACGAGCUGUGCGCCGCCAUCCUUCUCCCCCAGUUUCGACGUUGCCGCUGUUCCAAGGAGUGCACCGCGAGCGGCUUUUCUGGGGUACAUACCGUCCUCAUCUUUAUUUGGGCAUCCGAGCAAGGGUGCCUGAAUCCUUGUUGGGUGGACUUAUGUGGGUGCAGAGAAAGGAAGGGCGCUAUCAUCUGCGGCACACGUGUCAAGAUGGUGAUGGGCUGCAGAAGUAUGGCUGGCUUCGUCACGACGGUUCCAAAUUUGGUCGGCAGCAGCUCAUUGAUGGGAACUUACAUCUCGCCACUUAUUUCCUUAAACAUCAUGGUCAUGGUUCUGGUUAUGGAGGCGACUGGGCUGUGAGAAUCGUCGCCACCGAAAAUGGCACGCCUACCACUACGGCAUCAGGGGACGAGGAUAUGGUGACGAAGAAAAAGACAGUCUCUUUGCUGUUUUACUUCACGGAUGAGUCCGGCAAAUCCUUUGACAUAUCUGCGGGUGAGCGCGGUUCAACCAGUCCUGCCAAAUCCGCGGGGAAAGGGCUGCUUGCUGUUGGGAAAUGGGGAGAAGUGGGCACGUGGCAGCUUCAUGUCCGAGGAAAGAAGGGAGCAGCAGAUGAGAGUUACGUUGGCCUGAAGGCUCUUCACGUUCACAAUUUGACAGAGGUUGUGUGGGGAACUCUCGUGGAGAAUUCCAAGUUGUCAGGCAAAGUGAACCUGCCAAACUCUGUUUCAAAGAGAUCAAAUCUUGUUGUGUAUCAGAUUACAGCCGAGUUUCCUCUCAAGCUGGAUAUCAUAUUUAUCUCCAAUGUUGUCGGAGACGAGCGAUCUACCGCUGGGCGCGUGGAUGGACUGAGCGGGGCUCAAUUGAGUGCCAAGCUCGCAGACGAGGAGGCUGCCUUCGACAAAAGAUUCGACGACACGUUCGAGCUUCACGGGAAGGGUGUGAAGGAUGCUGAAGCAGAGGUGGCCAAGGCUGCCCUCAGCAACCUGCUUGGGGGGAUGGGCUUCUUCUAUGGGCAAUCGAAGAUCGCAGCGCCCGGUCAAGAACAUGGCGGUGGCACGCAGGAUCACCUCCUCUACUGGCCUGCAUCCUUGUACACAGCAGUGCCAAGCCGUCCCAUGUUCCCUCGCGGGUUCCUUUGGGACGAGGGAUUUCACCAGUUGUUGAUUGGCAAGUGGGAUCGCAAUAUUAGCAUGGACGCUAUGGCUAGUUGGUUAGACCUGAUGAAUGUCGAUGGAUGGAUCCCACGAGAGCAGAUUCUUGGGGAAGAGGCACGGAUGAAAGUGCCUGCGGAAUUCGUUCUCCAGCACACUUCCAAUGCCAAUCCACCAACCCUCUUUCUUCCCAUCCAGGAGCUUGCGAAGCAACUGGCUUCUUCCGACACUCUUGCUGCUGAAGAAGGGGAGAGAGAGGCGGUGCGCACAUUCCUGAAGAGGAGUUUCCCUCGCCUCCAGUCCUGGUUCCACUGGUUCAAUACCAGCCAGAUAGGGCAAUUGCCAGGAAGCUAUUUUUGGCACGGCAGAGAUGCAAACACCAACAGCGAGCUCAACCCAAAGACCCUGAUGUCCGGCUUGGACGAUUACCCGCGCGCUUCACAUCCAGGCAAUGAGGAGCGCCACCUCGAUCUGCGCUGUUGGAUGGCACUGGCAGCAGAUUCCUUGGCGGUUAUUGCGAAAAUGGUCGGCGAACGCCACGAACACUACGAAGCAACUGCAGCAUGGUUGUCUGACAUCAAUUUGCUGAACUCGCUGCACUUGGAUCUGGAGUCAGGCAGGUACUAUGACUAUGGCAACCACUCUGACAAGGUUUAUCUUCAGCCAAGAGAGUACGUUGAUGCGAGAACCGGGUAUUUUCACCGUUCGUUUGAACGCGUUGUUCUGAAGGCGCCAGGUCCCGCUCUGGUCCCACACUUCGGCUAUGUCUCUCUCUUCCCACUCCUGAUCAAACUCCUUCCACCGAACUCUGACAAUCUCAGGCAGCAGCUGCAGCUCCUGAGGGAUGAGACAUUGCUCUGGACAAAGUUUGGGCUUCGAUCGCUUGCCACCACAAGCUCUCUUUACAACAAGCGCAACACGGAACAUGACGCGCCGUACUGGAGAGGACCGGUGUGGAUCAACGUCAACUACUUAGCGUUGUCGGCGCUGAAACACUAUGCAUCAGUGGAAGGGCAUUCGAAGCAGGAGGCGCAGAGGCUGUACGCGGAGCUCAGAGAGAAUGUCAUCAGGAAUGUCGUCCAACGAUAUCAGGAAAGUGGGUACCUUUGGGAGAACUACGACCACAUGAGGAGUGGCAAGGGGAAAGGAGCUCAUCCCUUCACCGGAUGGACAUCCUUGAUAGUUUUGAUUAUGGCGGAGACGUUUUAGCGGCUGGGGGAAUUGUCAUUGAGUUUUCUAUUUCUGCUCUCUCUCACCUUAGCAUUUUUAGCCGUGCUGAAACUGCGCAUCAUUUUUAGCCUAUGACCUACCAGCCCGCUCGUUCUCCCGCGUGUGCUUGACUUGUGGUGGUGGGUUGGCAAAAAUGCGGAUUAGGGUAUGCUGCUCAAACUGAGAUCGAUGAGAGCUUUGUAGUAAUCGUAAUGAACAUAGUCGUAGUUGGCGUCAGGUACGUCCGGAAAUGUCACUGUGGGAGUACGCUGUUACACGCGUGCGCUCGUGCGC